AGCAGCGAGGCGAAGGCGACCGCGCCCCGCGGCGGCUGCCGCCGCCUCCAUGGCUGUCCGCCCGCGGCCCCACCAGCCGGCGCCGCCUUCGCCUCCGGCCUCGAUUGCGGAAGCAACCACGGGUACCUAGUUUACUCCUGCCUGCCUCUCUCCCUCCCUCCGUUCCCUUUCGUCUAGUGACUGGAGAAACGACGUUUCAGUUCUUGCAUUCUACUAGUACAGUGCAAGAUUUCAGGCUUCAGGGAAAAGCCUUCUGAAAAACUCUGGAAUCUGUUCCAUUCCUCCAUGUGCUCUUGACCGAAUCCCCGUGUGUAGUAGUACAAUCAUUUGUCCGCUGUUAGGUUUCUUUUUUUCCUGAUGUCCUUUGCUAGUUUGAUGCCAGCAGCCCGCCGUGCAGUCGCAAUCUGAAUCUGCUGCCGACACUUUGACUAGCGUCCUGCGCGCUGCGGCUGAUCUCCAGGCAUGGCAUCGCUGCUGCAUCCGCGAAAAUUCCUCUUCUUGAAAAAAAAAAAAAAUCGCUUGGCUAGUUGACUCAUUCCAAAGGCGGACAAAUCAACCAAUCAGCUGCUUCUGGGCACAUUCUCGAAGCGAAAGGACUGAUUCUGCCACGUGGGUUCGCUCCCCGUCGCACUCCACGGCUCCACCACAGCCUCGAUCUGCCUAAAGUCAUGGCAGGGACAGGAAUAGUCAUUGCAGCACUGGCUGGUGAAGCUCUAUUGAGAUCGAGGGGAGAAAAGAAAGCAGCUCGCCGUCGCCCGGCUGGAGAAGUUCCUUGCGGCCGUUGCCGGCGUUGAGGAGGGGGAAGCCUGACACCGAGGUGUGCACGGUGCUAAGCAUUGCGGCAAAUGUGCUUUGGUAUACACCACAACUUGCAGUAAAUAAGAUUAUGACUGGAAAUCUCACACAGUGCCAUGAUAAGAUAAAGCAUGAAGCUGACAUCAAUGGCAACAUUAAGAUUUUUACAGAAGUUGAGAUUGAAAGAAUUACUAGAAACUUUAGCACUCUUAUCGGAAAAGGUGGCUUUGGAGAAGUUUAUAUGGGAAUCCUUGACGAUGACAAUGAGCCUGUAGCAGUGAAGAAAUAUAUCAAUGAAGAUUUGAGAGAAGUGUUUAUGGAAGAAGUACGUAUCCAUAGUAAAAUUAGCCACAAGAAUGUGGUGAAGCUCAUAGGCUAUUGCAUUGAGGAACAUACUCUCAUGAUUGUAAUGGAGUAUAUGUCCAAAGGAAAUCUCAAUGACAUACUCCACCACAGUGAAAUUUUGAUCCCUUUAGAUGUAAGAUUGGGUAUUGCUAUUGGAUGUGCAGAGGCAUUAAGCUACAUGCAUUCAAUGCAUUUAUCAUUUGGAAACCUUGUCUGUCAUGGUGAUGUUAAACCUGCCAACAUACUUCUAGAUGACAAUUUGACAGCAAAAUUAACGGAUUUUGGAGUUUCAAGGCUUCUGGUUGGUGGCAUCACUCGGUACACUACGACUGUAAAAGGAAGUAUAGAGUACAUGGAUCCUAUAUAUCUUCAAGAGGGAUGUCUUACUCCAAGGAGUGAUGUUUAUAGCUUUGGAUUAGUUCUCUGUGAACUAAUAGCUAGAAAAAGGGUAAGAAAAGGUGACAUUAACCUGAUCGGAUAUGUCAACAAAGGCUCUGCAAAUGGUAAAGGGUUUAGAGAAAUAUUUGAUUCUGCAAUAGCAAAUGAGAACAACAUGAAGAUUCUUAAAGAAAUGAAGAAAUUGGCAACUGAAUGCCUAUCACUGAGCAUUUAUAGGCGUCCUCAGAUGAUUGAUGUGGUCAAACGCCUUCGGAUAUUUAGAAAAGAAUUAAAGGACAGACAUGAAAAUUAUUCAGAAUCAAUUUUGGCAUCACACCAUUCAUGGCGCAAAAACAACAAGCAAGAGAUGAUCAUGCCCACCUAUAAUUCUAAGAUGCAGAUUAGGAAGAGUUUGGGCUCUUUCAGGAGGAACCUUAGCAAUUCUAAGAUUCAGUCAGAACCCAGCAAUGUGAGAAUUUUCACACAGGAGGAGCUAAAAGAAGUCACACAUAAUUACUCGUAUCGACUCAGCGGAGGUACUUCAGGUCAAGUUUACAAAGGAACACUUGAGGACAAUGCAGUGGUAGCAGUGAGAAUAUUUUCUGAAGUACUAGAGGGCUUUGAAGAAGCGUUUAUCAAUGGUGGGAUGAUCCUGUCUCAAAUAUUCCAUAGGAACAUCAUCAAACUUUUGGGAUAUUGCUCUGAUUGCCCGGCUUUCGUGUAUGAGUAUGCUGCUAAAGGUAGUCUAUCUGAUGUUCUGGACGGGCAUGAACACUUUCCACUAGAUUUACGUACGAAGAUUGCAGUAAAAAUUGCAGAAGCAUUAGAAUACCUCCAUUCCUCAGGAGCUGGUAUUAUCAGACACGGUUAUGUUGUACCAUCCAAGAUACUUCUAGAUGAUAAUUUCAUGCCAAAGCUCACUGGCUUUUCAUGGGCAAGGAAGUUUAUCAAGGAGAGUAACAUUAUUGCCAGCGAUGCAAUUACUAGUCAUCAGCUUCCAUCAAGCGGGUUCUACAAUGACCCAAUUCACGAUCACUGUGUGUCACUAAAAGUGAGAACCGAUGUGUACCAGUUUGGUGUCCUUCUCUUGACGCUUAUUAGUAGGAAGAACUUUGUAUUUUACGCCGAUCAUGAUGACCUCAUUUCACAAUUCCGCACAGCUUGCCUGACAGAUGGCAGUGGAAGGGCAUUUUUUGAUGAUGAUAUUGCAGCUCAUAGUGAAGAUAUUUUUCUUCUUGAAGAGAUUGGGAGGCUAUCGCUGAAGUGUAUUUGCGAGGAAAUAGAUCAGAGACCAACAAUGAAAGAAGUGGCAGAACACCUUCGAAUAAUUACCAGAUCUUGGAAGAAGUGCUCUUCAGAGCGAACUACACUGGUAUCUAAAACUGUUUCUACAUCUCAUAUCGCCAGAGCUGAAGGCACUAAAUCUAACAGGCCACUUGAUUAAGAUAUUAGAGAUUGACCAUAAGCAAUCGUGUACAUACUGUGAAUGAUGUGUUGUAUUGUAUCGUUAUCAGCAAUCUUGCAUGCGCGGCAAUUUGAUUUGCAAUUAUUGCAUCAGAACUUGCAAUAUGAUGUAAUCUGCUCCUCAUUUUGUCUAGCACAUGAUGUAAUCUGAAUUUGUUUUUUUUUGUCUAUCUGAAUUUGUUUCUGCUAACAGAUGUAGGUACUUUAUGUAAUUAUGUUCAUGUUCAGUUUUGGUAGCGCCGUUUCCUUUAACAUGUUUAUAAGUA